AUGGCGCCCAAUCGUACGCGCACCAUGAAGAACAAGCACGCCGCGCCCAAGGGUGCUGGCAAAAAUGGCAAGCGCUCCGAAACCGAAGGCGUCUCAAAAUCCAAGAAGCCCAAAGGCGGCCCCGUCGCAUCCACGCAGGUCAAGGACAAGAGCGUCAGCGCGCUGUUCAAGAAGCGCAAGCAGAAGACGUACACCGAGGCCCAGCUGAAUAUUCCCUCCCUCAACAUGGUCACGCCCGUCGGCGUCGUCAAGCCCAAGGGCAAGAAGAAGGGCAAGGUCUUUGUCGACGAUCGGGAAAGCAUGAACACCAUCCUCUCCAUCGUCCAGGCCGAAAAGAAUGGGCAGAUCGAAUCCAAGAUGAUCAAGGCGCGCCAGAUGGAAGAGAUCCGCGAAGCUCGACGAGCCGAGGCCGAGAAGAAAGAAGGCGAGAGGCAGUCAAGACUGGAAGACGUCAAGGACUCGCUGCGACGCAAGCGCAAUAAGAAGACAUCCGAGAUGGACGAGGACAAUGUCAAGGAGUUUCUGUCUGCUGGCAGCAAGGCCAAAAAGGCUUCGAAGAAGAAGGUUGCAUUUGCAUGA